GUAUUGCGGCAGUACCAUUGUUGCACAGACCGCGAACCACUAGAAACGCGUUUUAGCUUCGAAUUUUUCGCGUGGAAAAUAAGGAAAUUUUGUGAGUUUCGAUAUGGAUAGCACUGAGUUCAGGGAGUUCGGAAAAGCUGCCGUCGAUUUUAUUGCUGAUUACUUCGAUACAAUCAGAGACAGGGAUGUGCUGCCGUCUAUUAAGCCAGGAUAUUUGAGGCCCCUCGUUCAGUCAGAGGUGCCGCAGCAGGGUGAAAAAUGGCAGGAUAUUCUGAAAGAUAUGGAUAGGGUUAUCCUCCCUGGAAUCACGCACUGGCAUUCACCAAACUUUCAUGCCUACUAUCCAACGGCCAAUUCGUAUCCAGCUAUAGUUGGCGAAAUGAUGAGCGCCGGUUUGGGUGUCGUUGGAUUUAAUUGGAUCGCCAGUCCGGCUUGCACCGAACUGGAAGUUGUGAUGAUGGACUGGCUGGGAAAAUUGCUCGAAUUGCCGAAGGAAUUUCUAAAUGAAUCAGAAGGACCAGGUGGAGGUGUUAUACAAGGUUCUGCUAGUGAAGCGACUCUGAUUGGUUUACUUGCUGCAAAAGAACGAGUUGUUCGAAGAUUGAUGGCCGGAAAUUCAAAUAUGACAGAAUCUGAGAUUAAAGGGAAACUAGUUGCGUAUAGUUCGGAUCAAUCUAAUUCUUCUGUAGAAAAGGCUGGUCUCAUCGGUUCCAUGAUUAUGAGGUUGUUGCCGUCCGACGAUAAGGGUAGGUUAACAGGUAAAAUACUGACAGAAGCAAUUGAAAAGGAUAAAAAAUCUGGAUUGAUUCCGUGCUACGUGAUCGCCACUUUGGGUACAACCCCGACUUGCGCUUUCGAUGAUUUACAAGAACUUGGUACAAUUUGCAAUGAAGGGGAUAUCUGGAUGCAUGUGGAUGCAGCUUACGCAGGAGCAGCGUUCACUUGCCCAGAAUAUCGUUACUUGAUGAAAGGCGUAGAAAUGGCAGAAUCAUUCAACUUCAACCCGCACAAAUGGUUGCUGGUCAACUUCGAUUGCUCCGCACUUUGGGUGAAAAAUGCUAAAUACUUGGUAGAGGCAUUCAACGUGGAACGCAUCUAUCUCCAACAUAAGCACACCGGAGUUGCCCCAGAUUACCUCCACUGGCAAAUCCCGUUGGGCCGAAAGUUCAGGUCCCUGAAAAUCUGGUUCACAAUGCGCACGUAUGGUGUCGAGGGAAUCCAAAAACACAUCCGCGGUCACAUCGAACUCGCCAAGUACUUUGAGAGUCUCGUUAAACAGGACGAACGCUUCGAGGUGACCACCUCCAGCUUAGGUCUCGUCUGCUUCAGACUGCACGGCGACAAUAAUCUGACGCAAUUGCUACACGACAAGCUCAACAAUAACAAAAAGAUAUUCACCGUUCCGUGCAAGUUCCGUAACAAAUUCGUCAUCAGGUUCGUAAUCACCAGCAGAUUGACCGAACAUAGCGACAUCGAUUUUGCCUGGAAGGAGAUCACCAGCUUGACGGAACAAAUAGUUUCCUCUCCGUGCCUUUCCAAACAGAAGAUCUCGCACAUCCAAGAAAUGAAUAGCUGCGAAAAGGUCAAUGGGCGCGUUGAAAAAUCUAAAUAGUUUUAGUAGAAACUGUAGAUGUAGUUGUAAAUAAAAGGUCCAUAGUUUUUUUAGUACAA